GUGGUAGAUUUAUUAUUGGUUUCACAAAGUUAUUGAGACAUGAAAUAAUGAUGGUGGCAUUGUCGACGACUAGUUGCACUCCAAAUUCGUGGUUGAAUUCCAUAUCCCGUCGCUGUAACAACGAUAAAGCUCCAUUCUGGCAGUCUGGCCCUCGAUUUGGUCGUCAUCAAUCGCGAAUACGUUGUUCAAGUUGCUGGCGUUGGGCUCGACCGUCUCUUCCUCCUGGACACGUACGAAUACGUUGUUCAAAUUGCUGGCGUUGGGCUCGACCGUCUCUUCCUCCCGGACACGGACGCUCCUCUGCUGAAAAGUGCGACGAUAGUGAUAGUGGUAUCCAGAUAAAUGCACAAGGCAACACGGCAAUAAUCUCCGCUUGCUUUGUUGGCCUCUUCACCGGUAUCAGUGUCGUGCUUUUCAACGCUGCGGUUCAUGAAAUACGCGAUUUUUGUUGGGAUGGGAUUCCGUCUCGAGGUGCCUCGUGGUUAAGGGAGGAGCCCAUUGGAGUAAUUUGGCAACGUGUAAUCUUAGUACCAGCUUCUGGCGGUUUGCUAGUCAGUUUUUUGAACACUUUCCGAGCUACACUGGACGUCUCAACGCAAGGAAAUUGGACAUCAUCUGUUAAAUCUGUCUUGAGACCAGUUUUGAAGACAAUCGCUGCUUGUGUCACUUUAGGAACUGGAAAUUCCUUAGGACCAGAAGGCCCAAGUGUUGAAAUUGGUACUUCAGUUGCCAAGGGAAUUGGAGCUCUGCUCGAUAAAGGUGCUCAUAGAAAGCUAUCUCUCAAGGCUGCUGGAUCAGCUGCUGGAAUCUCUUCUGGAUUUAAUGCUGCUGUUGCGGGUUGUUUCUUUGCUGUGGAAUCUGUGUUAUGGCCAUCACCUGCAGAGUCUUUGUCCUUGACAAAUACAACUUCAAUGGUUAUUCUGAGUGCUGUUAUAGCUUCUGUAGUCUCAGAAAUUGGUCUUGGCUCAGAACCUGCAUUUGCAGUCCCGGCAUAUGAUUUUCGUACACCUACGGAAUUGCCGCUUUAUCUUCUGCUGGGCAUCUUUUGCGGGUUAGUUUCAGUGGCAUUAUCAAGCUGUACAUCAUUUAUGCUGCAAAUAGUGGAAAAUAUCCAAACAGCCAGCGGCGUGCCAAAAUCAGCUUUCCCUGUGCUGGGUGGUCUUCUGGUUGGGCUGGUAGCUUUAGCAUAUCCUGAAAUCCUUUACUGGGGUUUUGAGAAUGUUGAUAUUUUGCUAGAAUCUCGGCCACUAGUGAAAGGCCUCUCUGCUGAUCUGUUGCUCCAGCUUGUAGCUGUCAAAAUAGUAACAACCUCAUUAUGCCGAGCUUCUGGAUUGGUUGGAGGCUACUAUGCUCCAUCUCUAUUUAUUGGUGCUGCUACUGGAACUGCAUAUGGGAAAAUUGUUAGCUACAUUAUCUCUCAUGCUGAUCCAAUCUUUCAUCUCUCCAUCUUGGAAGUUGCAUCCCCACAAGCAUAUGGUCUGGUUGGCAUGGCUGCUACUCUUGCUGGUGUCUGUCAGGUGCCUCUCACUGCGGUUCUGCUUCUCUUUGAACUGACACAGGAUUAUCGGAUAGUUCUGCCCCUCUUGGGAGCUGUGGGGAUGUCAUCAUGGGUUACAUCUGGACAAACAAGCAAAGGGGUGGUACAGGAUAGGAAGAAAUUAAAAGAUGCAAGAGCCCAGAUGACGCAGUGGCAAGGAACUUCUUCCUCCAACAUUGGACUUCCUAGCUUAACUUAUUCUUCAGGUGUGGAACCUUCACAAAAAGAGAGUAACCUCUGCAAACUUGAGAGUUCACUCUGUCUUUAUGAAUCUGAUGAUGAAGAAAAUGAUUUCGCUAGGAAAGUUCUAGUUGCACAGGCAAUGAGAACGCGAUAUGUGACAGUCCUAAUGAGCACCUUGCUAAUGGAAACCAUAUCUCUCAUGCUAGCUGAGAAGCAAUCUUGUGCUAUAAUAGUUGAUGAAAAUAAUUUUCUCAUUGGUUUGCUGACACUUGGUGAUAUCCAGAAUUACAGCAAGUGGCCAAGAGCGGAAGGAAAAUGCCAGGAGGAACUUGUAGUAGCUGAUGUUUGCUCUUCAAAUGGCAAUAAGUGCCGGGUAUCAUGCACAGUGACUCCAAAUACAGAUCUCCUUUCUGCUCUAACUAUUAUGGAGAAACAUGGUUUGAGUCAGCUACCUGUUAUACUAAGGCACGUGGAGGAUGAAGGCAUACAUCCUGUGGGCAUUUUGGACAGAGAGUGCAUCAAUGUAGCUUGCAGAGCAUUAGCAACUAGAGAACAGCUUAGCUGGUUCUCCACGGAGUAAAGGCUAACUGAAGGUUGCAUACCCCGUUUGCAAUAAGUUCUUCCUUGUUAAAGCAUGUUGAGGGUUAUUGUCUCUGAGUAAUCCAUCCUCGCUCUGUCUUACAACAGGGUUGAACAAGUAAGAUGAACAAUUGGAUUUAUAGUGGUUUAUCCAUUAAUUACUGCUAUGCUGACUUCUUGUUCAUAUAAUAAGAUGCUGUAAAUAUCUUCUCUACAUCAGCAUAUCCAAACAACUGUUUUGGUCUUCCUGAGAUUUUGGACUACCAUCUUCAGUUCAAUUGUAAAUAAUGAGAAUGAUGCUAGCACAGGCAGAGGAGACCAUACAACCAGGAAGCAGGAUUUACAGCUGAGGCUGAAGGUUGUUCAAGCUGCUUCUCAAAUUAGGCACUGGAGGAGCGCACUGCCUAACUACACUGACUCGUCAUCCAAUCCCAAUGAUUCACUUCCGUGGUAUGGAACUUGAACAGGAUUGAGUUACACAUGCCUCGUGUCAAAAGUCUACUCUUCUGUCGUUGCCUGAAUAAUAUUUCUUCAUGCUGCUUUAGUCAGCUGUUAAUGACUUUUCAAACAACCCCAUUCUCCACCAUUGUUUCCCGAACUGCCCUUUCCUGAUGUUUUGUCGUUGCUACAAUGUGCUUGUUCGUAAUUAAGUCGCCAUACUCUUUCUCUGGCCCAUGUUACAUGA